AUGGACUGGCACUACGCUUUCCUGCUGGCAUAUGCAGUGCUGUGUCGAUGGCGGGACCCGCGCACGGCAUACCUCUGCCAGAUCUAUGGCGGAUACAUCGCGGAUUGGGCUGUUAUAGCCCUUGACUUGGCGUUCAGCUGCGCGCGCCAAUUCCUCGCCGCCUACGGCGGGCGAAUCGCUCUCGUGCUCGAAGUCUUGCUGGUCGUCAUUUCCGCUUCCUGGUUCUCGUACCAUAUCGGCUGGUAUGGACCAGCACCUACGGCGUUUCCCUUGAACCGUGCCCAGCAGCGCCAUCAAGUAUGCAACGUUUUCAUCAUUGGGCCAUCAAUGAAGGGCACCUUGCUGCGUGUCCCUUUUGGGGCAUCUGCAUCUUGGGUUGUGCACGAGCUCGAGCGGCGUCUGCUCGUGCGACGAGAUCGCGCCGGGAAGCGCCUUUCGUACUCACUCCUGCUCCAUCCGGGGGAUGGGUCCUUACCACGGCUAUUGCACCGAUACCAAGAUCUCCUACAGGCCGGCAUGCGCAACAACUCAACGAUAGAGGUGCGCUAUUGCUUGCGCGGCGGCGCUGGUAACGCAGAGGCUGGCCCAUCUAGACAUGCACAUUUAGGUUCAGAAGAACCCGAACCCGAGGGGGCGCCCCCACCGCCAGUACAGCCUUCGCAAGCCGAACCUCCGCCAUCAACGUCAGGGCCUCCGAUAGAGACGGCGAAAAAUCAGUGCAAGAUCUGCCUCCGGCAGUUCGCGAAUAGCAAGGGCCUGAGCGAGCAUCACUCGAAGGCGAGAGCGGGUUCAAGGUGCAGACCCAAGGACACGCAGAACUUGCUUCGCACAAUGACCGCAACCCUGCGCAGAAUCAAGUCUGCGCGUACCUCUACUGCGCGCACCUCUACGGAACCUCCCGAGGCUCCGACGCCCAACUCUGGACCUGACGUACAGCGCGCGAACGAUAGGAUGGAUGUCGACGAGGAAGGUUCGGGCAUGGCUGGUAUAGGCGCAGGUGGAAGUGGUGGAGGACUCGACGCGGUGGCCGACGUUGGAGGGGUUGGCCGCGGUGAGGAUGGCGAUGAGCCGCGGUUUGUUGACGAGGGAUGGGAUGGGGACGGAUGGCGUGCAGAUGAGGAGUUGGACGUAGGCGGUGAUCCUGGCGCCGAAGAUGUUCCCGCGCCGUCUACCGCGGUCGAAGACGAGGACUUGGAAACCGAUGAGGAAGACCCUUUUGGGUGGAGCGAAGAGGACGUGCGCCGAGCCCUGGAGAGAGGGAAACGGAUUGAAGACGAGUUGUUUGAGGAAGAGGAGGAGCGGGAGAAUGAGGAGGAUGCGGAAGCCGACCGUGCGAGAUACAGCGACGACGAGGAGGAAACAACUCUUGAGACGCCACGACGCCGCGUACACAAGACUCACCAUGCGACCACACCACCUGGUUCACCGCUGCCUGGCUCUUCCUCACCACUGGACUCCGACUUCCCGCUGCCGUUCAAUUCCCCGCCGCCGCCUAACUCGCCUCUGCCCUCAGACCGUGAUCCGACACCGCCACAAGAUACCCCCCCACCUCCAGACCAUCAGCAACUGCCACCCGAGGCAUAUCCACCCCCGCAGGAUCGAACGCCGUCUCCUGAGCCGGAGCCCAGCAAGCGCAGGAUCGAGAAGUUUGGCGAGCGAGCGGGAGAAGUACUCAACCCAGAAGACGAGCCCGGCGACCCUUACAGCACCUACGAAGCGGGGUUAGCUGACGACGUUGACCCGAAUAACCCUUACCUCCCCUUCCGCACCAAGUUGGACUGGGACAUCGCGUCCUGGGCGAAGACGUGCUCAAUCGGUGCGAACCAAUUGACGGCACUCCUACAGAUCGAAGGCUUGAAAGAGAAGCUCGGCAUUCAGUUCUCCUGUAAUAAGGCUCUGAAUGAGAUCAUCGACGUUGGGUUGCCGCCGCGGUCUAGCUUCAAACGUCGUACAUACGAGCUUGGAGGCGAACGGCUCGACAUGUACACGCGCGACGGGCUCGAGCUGCUCCGGGAAUUGUACGGACGUCCGGACUUUGCGCCACAUCUCGUCUUCGCACCGGAGAAGCACUUCAUGCUCGUUGGGGAUACAGAGGAACGGGCUUACUCGGAGAUGCAUACCGGCACUUGGUGGUGGUGGGUACAGAUGAAGAUCGAGCGGAAGCGUCCUGGCGCUACUGUCGUGCCCCUCAUCAUCUCCUCCGACAAGACCCAACUCACCCUCUUCCGCAACCGCUCCGCAUAUCCGGUCUACCUCACCAUCGGAAACAUCCCAAAGGAACUGCGCAGGAAAACGUCGUUACAAGGCAUGGUAUUACUGGGAUAUCUUCCGGUCACCGGCCUUAAGGGCAUCAAGAACGACGAUGUACGGCGUCGCGCCCAACUCAACCUCUUCCACACGUGCUUAUCGGACAUGGUGGCCCCGUUUAAACGCAAGGCGCUGAAGGGAGUCGUGAUGACGUCGGGUGAUGGUGCGCGUAGGCGUUGCCAUCCGAUCUUGGCGGCGUACGUUGGCGAUUACCCCGAGCAGGUGAACGUCGCCGGCGUCAAGUAUGGGCAUUGCCCGAAGGGCACUAUCGACCCCUCUCUCUUCGGUACAGAGCUUCCGUGUCUGCCAAGGGACAUGCAGAAGGCUGCCGCCGCAAUCGACGUUCAGACGGACAACCCGGGGGACGCCGCCGCCUUCGUUGAAGCAUGUCAAGCUGCUGGCGUCAAGCCCAUCACCAACCCGUUUUGGAAGGACUGGGCGUACGUCGACAUUCAUCAAGCGUUACAGGUCGACAUCCUUCACCAGCUGUAUCAAGGUGUCGUCAAGCACCUCAUCGCAUGGCUCAAGCGCGUCUACGGCGAGAAGGCCAUCGACGAACGCUUCAAGUGCCUUCCGGACAAUCAUCAACUUCGGCACUUCUCCAAGGGCAUCUCGAGCAUGUCGCGCGUGUCGGGCACCGAACACCAGGACAUCUGUCGUGUUCUCCUCGGCGUCAUCACCGACCUACCUCUACCCAGCAACCGAAACGGCCGGCCCAUCUGCAUCGUCAAGGCUACGCGCGCCCUCCUCGACUUCGUGUAUCUCGCUCAGGCUCCCGAAGCUACUGAGACUACGCUUACCGAGCUUGUCAAAGCGCUACACACCUUCCACGUCAACAAGCACGUCUUCAAGACCCUCGGCGCUCGCGAACACUUCAAGCUCCCCAAACUGCAUGCUCUCAUUCACUAUGCACCCGCUAUCAGACUCUUCGGUACCGCUGACAACUACAACACAGCAUACUCGGAAAGGCUGCAUAUCGACUACGCGAAAUCGGCAUGGCGCGCCAGCAACCGCAAGGACGAAUACCCCCAAAUGACGGUUUGGCUUCAACGCCGCGAGCAAAUCCGCGCCCACCAAGCUUAUAUAGACUGGCGUCAACGUGCUCCCGGCGAAGAUACACCUCGCAUUCGGCUCCCGCGCGCGUUGAAGCUCAAGAACAACGUUGCCCACGGUCCCAGCGUUCAUUGCCUCACGUUUGCCAAGGCUGAGAGUCGCUAUGGCGCGGUCGACUUUCAGCGCGUCUUGACGGAGUACAUACUCAAGUUACGGAGGCCCGAAGACUCCGAUCGCCGCAUCGCUCGUCUCGCUCAGACGUGGAUGUUACCCUUCCUAACAGUCCCCGCCUUUCAUCGUCUGAAGUUCUGGCACCCCGACGCUUUGGAACGCGAGGGGGACUUCGUUCCCGAACUUCCAGACUCCGUGAUCGCACGGCCUUGGUAUCGGGAUACGCAGAAGAGGAAGGUGCAAGGGCAGUUUAGUACUGCGUUAGUGAACGAGUUUGAUGAUGGCGGUCAUAUUGGCGUUGACGGAUACCGAGUUGGUCAAGUGCGCCUGAUCUUUGGUAUCCCUGCCAAAGCUCGGCGCGAACUCUUCAACGACGACCCCAAUCUUCCUGAGCACUUCGCCUACAUCGAGUGGUUCACCCCGUUCCGCGACGCGUACAAGAGCGACGUUCAUCACAUGUACCGUGUCAAACGCGACCUUCGCGGCCCUCCGAACGCGAAGGAGAGCGUUGUUUCCAUCCUCCCCGUCGAUCGUAUCAGGCGCAGCGUCUCACUUCUCCCCCGCAUCAAAACCCGCAACGUACCUGCUGGCUGGAACAAGGAUAACAUCCUCGACAAGUGCGAAUGGUUCCAUGUGAGCCCAUUUUCGGAUCGGCACGCUUAUAUCACGAUUAAGUAG